AUUAUCGCUUUAUGAAACUUUUACUCGCUCAUAGAGCAAACUGGAUGAAGAAGGAUUUGGAAGAAAUCAUUCCUUUACACUUAACUACCCAGCAUAAGAGUCCAAAGUGCUUAGCUUUGUUGUUAAAGUAUAUGGCACCAGGAGAAGUAGAUACACAGGACAAGAACAAGCAAACUGCUCUUCACUGGAGUGCCUAUUACAAUAAUCCAGAGCAUGUGAAACUUCUUAUCAAACAUGAUUCUAACAUUGGAAUCCCAGACAUUGAAGGCAGAAUUCCACUUCAUUGGGCAGCUAACCACAAGGAUCCCAGUGCAAUUCAUACUGUCAAAUGCAUUUUGGAUGCUGCUCCAACUGAAUCUCUGCUAAACUGGCAAGAUUAUGAAGGACGAACUCCCCUCCAUUUUGCAGUUGCUGAUGGGAAUAUAGCUGUUGUUGAUCUGCUGACAUCCUACGAAAGUUGCAACGUGUCUUCUUAUGAUAAUUUAUUUCGAACUCCCCUUCACUGGGCAGCUUUAUUGGGUCACGCACAGAUUGUCCAUAUUCUUUUAGAAAGAAACAAAGUUGGAACAAUCCUGUCCGAUAGUCAGGGGGCAACACCUUUACAUUAUGCAGCACAAAGCAACUUUUCUGAAACAGUAGAAACAUUUUUUAAACAUCCUUCUGUGAAAGAUGACUCAGACCUAGAGGGAAGAACUUCUUUUAUGUGGGCAGCUGGCAAAGGCAGUGAUGAUGUCAUCCAGACAAUGUUGAAACUGAAACUGGUCACCGAUAUCAACAUGGCAGAUAAAUAUGGUGGCACAGCAUUACAUGCUGCUGCCCUUUCUGGCCAUGUCAGCACUGUGCAAUUGCUUUUAAAACAUGAUGCCCAGAUAGAUUCUGCUGACGUAAUGAAACACACUCCUCUUUUCCGUGCUUGUGAGAUGGGACAUAAAGAGGUGAUACAGACUCUCAUUAAAGGAGGAGCAAGAGUUGAUUUAGUUGACCAAGACGGCCACUCUCCCUUACAUUGGGCAGCUCUAGGAGGAAACCCUGAUGUUUGCCAGAUAUUGAUAGAAAAUAAAAUCAAUCCUAAUGUACAGGAUUAUGCAGGUAGAACUCCAUUACAGUGUGCUGCUUAUGGAGGCUACAUUAAUUGUAUGGUGGUGCUAUUGGAAAAUAAUGCAGAUCCAAAUAUUCAAGACAAAGAGGGAAGGACAGCAUUACAUUGGUUGUGUAACAAUGGCUACCUUGAUGCUAUAAAGCUGUUGUUGGGGUUCGGUGCCUUUCCCAAUCAUAUGGAGAAUAAUGAAGAAAGAUAUACACCACUUGAUUUUGCCUUGCUGGGAGGUCACCACGAAGUAAUUCAGUUCAUGUUGGAGCAUGGUGCAUUAUCUAUAGCUGCCAUACAAGAUAUUGCAGCUGUCAAAAUUCAGGCAGUCUACAAAGGAUACAAAGUUAGAAAAGCUUUUCAAGAUAGGAAAAACCUUCUAAUGAAGCAUGAUCAGCUGAGGAAAGAUGCUGCUGCCAAGAAACGUGAAGAAGAAAAUAGAAGAAAAGCCUCAGAACAGCAGAAAGACAUGCAGAAUUCCAAAACUAAUAAGGUCCAAGUGCAGCAGCAGGAUUUGCCAGAGAUGGAGAGAAGCCAUUUGAGACUUCAUACUCCACAGUCCUUUGUUCCACCUGGUAAAAGGCCUCCAUCUGACAACAUGUCACAAAAUCAACCAGGAAAAAGCAAGAGAAGCACAACCACAGUUUUAUCAAACAAAGUGAAGGUCAAGAACAAAGGUCCCUCAGUAGAGCUACUUGGUGAAGAUCACAAAAGAAAAAUGGAUGUAUGUGAGGCAAACAGCAACAGCAAGUCUGCCUGUAUCCCUUCGUAUUCUUAUAAGAAUAAUGACCAACACAGGCAUCAAACAGUAUCUGCUACCUUAGGCAGGGAUGACAAAAAACAUAAGCCUCCUGCAACAAUAGCUGGUAUGUUUACACACAUCAGCAAUAAAAGGCACAAUUCAAACACUAUAUCUCCCAGCUCUGGGGAAAAAUCAGACCAUCAAAAUUGGUCAGUAAAGAAUGAUAUAAACCAUUUUGAAGAAACAACAGUUUCUAUUCAGGAUGAUAGAUCCAUUAGUAGAAGUAGUAGAAGUAUAAGAAACUCAGGACAAUGUAAUAUAGCACUUAAAAAUAAUCCACAUCAGUUAAAAACAAAAAAUAAAGAAUUAAAUAAUGAAAAAUGGUCCUUGGCUAGCACAAGCAGGCCUGGCAGUGCCACAGUAAGAAGAAUAAACAUUGAAAGGGAUAUUUCAAAUGCUACAGUUACACAAAUCAAUAAGAUAAAAAAUAGUAAAGCCUGUUGUUCGGUGGCCAAGAAUGCAAGUGUUACAAGGAUUGCACUCAACAAGAUGGCUGUGAAUGGUGGUCAUGGAGGUGAUACAACCCUGAACAGAGAAGCUCUAUUGAUAUCCAGGAAUUCAGAAGAUCAGCUGUGUUUUGUUCAGCACAAAAAUGCAUACCCUGAAUCAGUUCAGAUGCAAAUAAUAGAAAAAGAAAGAGCAAGAAAAGAGCUAUUUCAGAGGAAGUAUAAUGCAGCAAACAUCAUUCAAAAGGCUUGGAGAAGCUAUCGGUUAAGAAAGCAAUUCCUUCAGUUUUUUAGUGUGAAGCAGCAGUGUAAAGAUGAAGAUGAAUGGCAACAAAAAACAGCUGCCCUGUGCAUUAAGGUCAUUUGGAACAAAAAGUUGAACUUUACUCCACUGAAAGCAGUUACUUCAGGCAAAAUCCCAAAGGCCAUGAACAAAAACAGCUCAGGAACCAACUUGGUACAGAAGUCAACCACUCUGAAGCAGAUAUAUGGGCAUUCACAAGAAGGAAAGAUGAAUCACCCAAUGAAAUUGUCUUCUUCAAAACAGCAAGUCUGUGAACUUCAAUUAAUAUCAGCAGGUGGAUUGCAGGAUCUGUGCUUAUUGGAGAAUCCAGGGAAAUUUAAACAUUUUUCAUACAAUAUGAAACCUACCACAAUAAUCAAAGCAAAACACACAAGAUCCAGGCAUGAAAGCAAGACUGCGCUAUAGCAUAAGAAGAGAGCCUGUUGGU